UAAAUUUUUAUAAAUCGUUAAAUAAUUUUGAAAAUUUUUAUUCGUAAAUAGUCAUUACGCCUUUAUAUUGAAUUGAUUUUUCUAUGAGACUGUGAAAUUAGCAUUUACAACAUUUGUAUGACAUCGGGCAAAGAAACAAUGGGCGAACAACCAAUUUUCACGUGUAAAGCACACGUGUUUCAUAUUGAUCCUAAGACAAAAAGAUCUUGGGUAUCAGCAUCUACAGCAGCAGUCUCUAUUUCAUUUUUUUAUGACUCAACAAGGAGUCUAUACAGAAUAAUUUCUGUUGAAGGAACAAAGGCAGUAAUAAAUAGCACUAUUACUCCAAAUAUGACCUUUACAAAAACAUCACAGAAAUUUGGACAAUGGUCAGAUGUUAGAGCUAAUACUAUAUAUGGUCUUGGUUUUUCAUCUGAAGUAGAAUUAGGAAAGUUUAUAGAGAAAUUUCAAGAAGUGAAGGAGGCCACUAAAUUAGCUAGUGCUAAAUUACAAUCAAACAGUUCAUCUGUUACACCUGCUACUAGUGCAAAUGUUAGCCCAAUUACAUCACGAUCGGGUAUGCCAUCAUCAGAACAAGAUCUUAUAGACCCACCAAAUUCAUCGAUGAUUAAUUCCAAUGUGUCAGCAUCAAAUAACCCCAAUCCAAAUGCCAACGUGAUUUCUACACAAAAUAGUGUGUCUUUGGUAAGCAGCAGUCCCUUACCUGGUAGUUGUCAAAAUAAAGUGGAUGAUGAAUUGAAAAAUACAGUCCAUUCAAGAUCACAGAGUGUUUCUCAGCAGAGUACAGAAAGUCCACAACAUCAAGGGAAAUCACAACUUACAACACAAGGAGGACAAUCAGCUGAAAUGCAACUUAAGUAUGAGAAUGAUAGGUUGAAACUUGCAUUAGCACAAAGUUCUGCAAAUGCUAAAAAAUGGGAGGUUGAAUUAACUACAUUAAAAACAAAUAAUGCCAGAUUAACAAGUGCAUUACAAGAAUCCACAGCUAAUGUUGAUGAAUGGAAAAGACAGCUACAAUUAUAUAAAGAAGACAAUGCAAGAAUCAAGGCCAAAUAUGCAGAUCUAGAAGCUGGAAAAAUAGCAGAAGGCAAUAGUGAAGCAUUAAGGUUGAGAGUUGAAGCAUUAGAAAGUGAACUUAGAACAAAAAAUGAAGAAAUCAAAGCUCUUACUAUAGCUACAAAAAAUAAAGAUUUUGUAGCUUUACAGAAAGAAAAUCAAGAACUUCGUGAAAUGUUAAGGGUUGUCCAUGAACAAUUAGAACUUGCAUUAAGCGCAAAUAAAGUCCAAAAACAAAAUUUGGAUACAUUAAAUGCUAGAUUAGCUGGGUAUAUACAAGAUUUGGUAACUGUACAUCGAGAAAUUACAAAUACAUUGCAAUCUUAAGUUUACAUGUAGUGAUGUUUAAGAAUAUUCUUCAUGGGAGUUUUGUAUUUAUGAUAUAAGCAAAAUAUACAAAUGGACGGUGUAGAUUAAUACAAAGGGAAAGGUUCCAAAAAAAUAUACAUAAUAAACAGAAAUCUCAAAAAGUAAACUAAGAAUAUCUAUCUUUAAAUAAUAAAGAUAGAUUACAUCUUUUUAGAUAUUUAUUGUGUAUUAAGUUAAUAACAAUAUUUGAUCUUUUCUUCAUAACUCUUCGUGCCAUAUUCAUGUUCUUACUGUAUAUAAAAAUAUGUUUCUUUUUUAACAUCAUUUUAUAUAUAUAUAUAUAUAUAUAUAUAUUUUUAUUUUUGCAGAGAUAAAAACAUAAAUCUUAUUUAGGUAUUCUUAUCUUAGAUUUUAUAUUGUAUCAUAAAAAUAUUUUGAAAUUAUUUUUAGAGGUUAUUUAAUUAAAAUUUAUUAUAUUAUGUUUUUACAUAAAUUAAUUACUGCAAUCAAUUUUAUUAAUUUUUUUUUAAAUUUAUAUUUCUGCACAGAAUAUAAAUCUUAUUUAGAUAUUAUAUAGAUUAUAACAUAUUGUAUUAUAAAAAUAUUUGGAAAUUAUUUUUACAGGUUAUUUAAUUAAAAUUUAUUGUAUUAUGUUUUUACAUAAUUUUUAUAAUCAAUUUUUAUUAAUUGCGAAGAUUAGAUUUACGUUUAUAUAAGUAAUUCAUUUUUUCUGAUAAUUUUGUUUUAAUGUUUGAAAAAUAAAUUAUAAUUGCAAUUAUAACAUACCAUCGUCACUAAUACUAAUAUUAUUUCACUGAUUUCUGUCAAUCUUUGACUCAUUACUAAGCUAUAACUUUUACGAUAUUUUUACUAUUAUUAAAAUUAUUAAUGCUAUUAUAACUACCUCCACUGCUAUUGCUACAUUACUAAUUGCUGUUAUUAUUGCUUAUAGUAUCAUCGUUAGUGCUACUUCUAUAACUGUUAUUACUGUUAUUGUCAAUCAUGUUAUCAUUACAUGCCUACAAAAAACUUUUAUGAUAUUUAAAAACAUAAAACAUAUCAAAAACAUCAUGAGAUUUAAUGUGAUAUAUGUUUCUCGAUGUUUUUUGGAACUUAGUCCCUUGAAGACAACAAAAAAUAAAAUUCAGUUACCCAUGAACACAACUAAGAAAACUGCACAAUUAACAUUAGUAACGUUUAGCGAUAUUCAAUUAUGUAGUAUAACUAUUUAAUUCAGCUGUACAUUGUAUCCAUAUUGUUCUAGCACAUAUUAUUUACCUUUAUUAAUAGAAUAAAAAAUAUAUAAAAUUGAAGAGUCUGGCAUGAGUUGUACAGAAUCAUUGAUAUCUAAUAUAAAAUAUAACAUGAAAAAAUAUAUUAUAGAACCCAUUUACAAUGGGUAACUUAGUAAUUUAAAUACAAAACUUUAUUAGAUAUUUUAAGAAUGAAAAAAGAUGUUUUUGGUGUGCGAAAUAUUUUGUUAAUUUUUUUAUGAAAACCAUGAUCGUUAUUAAUUUAUUGUUAAAAAAAUAAAUGAAAUUUUUUCUAACGUAAAUGAUUUAUUCAUUCAUUACUAGUUUUUCAAAUAAUUUAUAGCAAUCAAGCCAGAUAUUCUUCAAUAUGUUGUUUAAAUACAUAGUAUAGAUUCAUUAGGAAACAAAAUUUGCCGAAGGAUGCUGACCGAUCGUCAUAAAGAUAUUGAGGUGAUAUUUCUUGUAAUAAUAAUUUCUAGUAGUAAAUAAAGUGCAAAAUACUAAACAAAGCACUUUUUAUUGUACUGACAGUAUGUAUGUAUGUACGUAAAAUUGUUAUGGAAAUGAAUUUUAAAUUGGAGGAAUUGGAAACAAAAGCCUCGCUUGCCACAUGUAAUCUUAAUAAAACAUUUUCAGAUGGC